GCAGCGGCGGCGGCCAGGCAGGCAGGCAGGGAGGGAGGACGGAGCAGAGAGAGAGAGGAGGAGGAGGACAGGCGCGUUAUUUCCCGUGUGGUGGUGAUUUCAUGUGGAAGUGGAAGAAAGCGACUGAGAAAAGAAGCGAGCUCGUCUUCCUCUGAAACGGAUUUUAUUUAUUGUCUCACCCCCCCACCCCCGCGACAUGUGUACUCCGUGCUGUAUCUCGCAGCUGGCCUGCUGCUGUGGUUCAGCAGCCUGCUCAUGCUGCUGUAACUGCUGCCCCAAGAUCAAGCAGUCCACAGGGACCCGAAUCAUGUACGCCCUCUACUUCCUGUUGGUCACCAUCAUCUGUGUCAUCAUGAUGUCCCCCACUGUGGAGCAGCAGAUGAAAGACCAUAUCCCCUUCUACAGCAAGUUGUGUGAGAAUAUGAAGGAAGAGAAGUGGAACUGCGGAACUGUGGUUGGCUACUCCGCUGUCUACAAGGUGUGCUUCGGCAUGGCCUGCUUCUUCUUUAUCUUUGCACUCUUCACCAUACGUGUCAACAACAGCACAGGCUGCAGGGCAGCCAUACAUAACGGGUUCUGGUUGCUGAAGUUUGUUGUGCUGGCGGCAUGCUGCGUUGGAGGUUUCUUCCUCCCAGAAGAGAAAAUCUUUCUGGAAGUGUGGCGUUAUGUAGGAGCCACUGGCGGGUUCAUUUUCCUGCUGAUCCAGCUCAUGAUGUUGGUGGAGUUUGCACACAGAUGGAACACAAACUGGAGUUCAGGGGUAAAAUAUAACCGGAUGUGGUAUGCCGCUCUGGCCUUUGUGACUCUGACACUGUUCAGUGUUGCAGUAGGAGCUGUGGUCUUCAUGGGUGUGUACUACACUGACCCCGAGGCCUGUCUGCUUAACAAAAUCUUCCUGGGCAUCAAUGGCAGCCUCUGCCUCAUCAUCUCCCUGCUGGCCAUCUCCCCAUGCAUACAGAAACUGCAACCCACAUCAGGCCUGUUGCAGCCAGGAGUCAUCAGUGUGUAUGUCAUGUACCUCACCUUCUCAGCCUUCUCCAGCAAACCAAAAGAAUUCGUGGAGAGAAAUGGUGAAAACACAACCGUGUGUGUGUUUCCGUUCAACUCUGGGACGGAGAGUGACAAGAAGAUUGUCACCGCUUUUGGAACCGUCAUCUUGUUUGGCUGUAUCCUUUACUCUUGCUUAACAUCCACCACCAGGCGAAGCUCUGCUGCGCUCAGGGUGUGUAGGAACAGCGAGCCAGAGACUGAGAGAGCUCGUUGCUGUUUCUGUUUUGGAGAUGACACAGAUGAGUAUGAUGAGGAGAAGAGUGGUUCGGGCCAGAAUGUGGUGUAUGAUGAGAGAGAGGGAACCAUCUAUAGCUACUCCUACUUCCACUUUGUCUUCUUCUUGGGCUCUCUUUACGUCAUGAUGACUGUCACCAACUGGUUUCAUUACGACAACCAUGACAUUGAGAAGCUGUUGGAUGGGAGCUGGUCAGUGUUCUGGAUCAAGAUGGCCUCCUGCUGGGUCUGUCUCAUCCUCUACAUGUGGACUCUCAUCGCUCCCAUGGUCUGCCCGAAGCGUUUUGAGGCCUAGGGCCUAGGGUGAACAUCACUAGGCUGGGAUCAGGCUACUCUGAUUCUUGGGAUGUGGGCAGGCAGAAGCUCCCACGCUGAGCCAAGGGACCACCACAGCCCCCCUCUUCCCUCCCCCCUCCCAUUGAAACACAACACUACCCUCAGCGUUCGAAACAGAGGAUUAUCUGUUGCCUUUUGUUUUUAUAUGCUAGUCUUUAUUUUACGUUGUUUGACAAUGUUAAGCUUUUAAUACCUUGAUGGUAAUUUUUAAAAAUGUUUUACCACCACUGACUCCUGGAGUUUUGUGCCACUUACAGGUUUGAAAUUACAAUGAGAAUCAAUGGGAUGUGAGUUACAGCGUGAGACAUGAGAAGAAUCCCGUCCCCUUUAGAUUCCCUGAUAAUUUCAGACUUGAAAGUGUACUUUGUAAGAGUUUCUUGUAUGUGUCAGUUUUUCUUGGAUUGUUGCUUUUACUCUCAGCCAUGCAUUUUUAGUUCUGUACAGUUGAACCAUAAAGUUGUAGCAAAGUUUUGGGACAAAUUUAUUUCAAGUUCAGAGAUGUUACAAGAGAAAAACUGUAUUUAUUCAAGUGUGUCUUAAGUAGUCAAAGACUGAAUACAGUGUGACUUGAAUUAGAUUUGGCCCUGACUCUGUUUAAAAAAUCAUCUCUCAGGCUCACAUGUAAGCUGUAUAUGUUUAUGCUUUGUUAUAUCGCCCCCUUUUGUAGACGUUUUCUAUGCAACGGAACAAGCUCUUUUCAAUAUUAGGUAUCCAGUGUUGUGAAGUUUCCACUUAGAUCACAAGGAUAAUGUUUCAGAUUUUAUUAAUGUCAGCGCUCCCUUUGAGCCAAAUCUUUUCUUAGGAAAAUUCCAUGUCAUAUGUGCAACAUUUCCAGUGAUCGUCAUUGUUGUACAGGGCAGUGCUCUUCGAAUCAAUCUGCCUUACGUUGGGGUGACGUUAGGGGAGUGCCACCUCUCUGGAAGAGCUGCAGUGACACAGGUGAGGAACAUUUGCCAAAGGUAGAUGUCAGAAAACAACAAACCACUCUAUCAGAUUGUUUUGUCUGUUACAGAGAAAAAUAUAACCGAGAACAUUAUGUAUUUGCAUGCACAUGCAGACUCUCAAAUCAGCUGUUUUCUGUACAGUCAUAAAGGCUUUUUGCCUUGUCUUUGUUACACGUGUCAGCUCAUACUGGUGGUCAGAAUAAGGUAGCAUGAGUGCUUUUAUUAGAACGUUAAUCAACACUGGAUGUUGAGUUUACUGCCGAAUUAAACUUCAGACAAAGACUUUCACCUGUUUGUUACCUGUGUAACAGAUUUUCUUUGUAUUGUAUAAAAAUACAACACAUUGCACAUUGUCAUCUGCAAGUCAUUCUCUGUUUCUCACUUAUCAAUAAACCAAUAUGUUCUUUUGUCUAA